AUGGGUGUGAUAUGGUUUAUCCUUUGGGUUGUCCUUUGUCACGAUGAACCACCAAUGCAUCCUUGUAUUAGGAAAUCAGAAUUGGAUUAUCUUACCGAAAAUGUGGAGCCUGCUCAUACAGUGAAACUGCCUCCUUGGAAAGGGAUGUUUACUAAUGUUCCUUUUUGGGCUUUAGUCAUGGUACAAUGGGGUCACAGUUGGGGUCUCUUCAGCCCUAUGACAGACUUACCAAAGUUUAUGAAAGACGUUCUGGAUUAUAAUGUUUCACGUAGCGGAUACAUGUCUGCUUCGCCCUGGUUAUUAAUGUGGGCUUUAUCUCUUAUAUUUGGAUGGAUAUCCGAUUAUCUGAUUGCUAAAGGAAAGUUCUCAUACACAGUUGCCAGAAAAGUGUUUAGUUCCAUUGCUCAAAUUGGUCCAGCAGUAUUUAUAGCAGCAGCUUCAAUGCCAGGAAUUAGAAAUUGGCCUGGUGGUCCCAAUAUAUCUUGUGGUUUUAUAGUUAUUGGAUUUGGUUUAAUGGGUGCCUUUUUGCCAGGAUUUCGAGUAAAUGCUUUAGACAUAUCUCCGAAAUAUGCAGGAACUGUAACAGGAAUCACAAACGGUUUGGGAGCCUUGGCUGGUGUUUUUGCAUCUUUAAUUGCAGGACUCCUCACUAAGGGCUUGACCGAUAAGAAAGAUCUCGAAUGGGCUUGGUUUUAUAAUUUUUCAAUAGGCUCCUUAUGGCUGAUUAGCACUGAUAUAAUAUUCGUAAUUUGGGGAACAGCUGAUAUCCAACCAUUUAAUGAUAUGUGA